CAACAGCAGCAGCAACAGCAACAACAACAACAACAGCAGACCGCAGCUCUCUAUCUUGCCGCACUGUCGGGCUCCGACCCCAGUACCGCCGCUCUGCUGGCGGCGGCCUCGACCGGGGCCGGACAGGGCUUUGCCGGCAGCCUGUACUCGGCCCCGCAUACCGGCGCUCUGGGCCUUUCUGGACCGGGACAGCCGGGCCUCGGAGCUGCCAUGCAUCUGAUGAAUGGCGCCCCUUCUGGGGGCCUGGUAAGCUCAUUUUUUGUCCCUCACCCUCCUGACCACCCUUCAAGACGCCAUUACACAAAAUGA